AUGAAGACUCUCUCCCUUGUAGCUGUCCUGCUCGUUCAAGCCUGGACUGCGAGUAGCAGUCCGAGAGCGAAGCGGUCUUCGGGCUUUCAAUGGUUCGGUAGCAACGAGUCCGGUGCUGAAUUCGGCUCCGGGAAUAUCCCCGGCACUUUGGGCACAGAUUACAUCUGGCCUGAUGCGACGGCCAUCGAGACGCUGCAUAGUGCAGGGAUGAAUAUCUUCCGUGUGCCGUUUCUCAUGGAGCGAUUGGUGCCUAAUGAGUUGACUGGUGCGGCGGAUGCGACGUAUAUGGCGGAUUUGAAAGCUACGGUGCAAACCAUUACAGAUCUGGGUGCUUAUGCUGUGGUUGAUCCGCAUAAUUUCGGAAGAUACUACGGUAACAUCAUCACCUCAACCAGCGACUUCGCAGCCUUCUGGACCACCGUAGCCAGCGAGUUCACCGAUAAUGACCUGGUCAUCUUCGAUACCAACAACGAAUUUCACGACGAAGACCAAACCCUCGUCCUGAACCUCAACCAGGCCGCCAUCACGGCCAUCCGCGCCACCGGCGCCACCACACAAUACAUCUUCGUCGAAGGCAACUCCUACACGGGCGCCUGGACCUGGACCACCACCAACACGAAUCUCGUGAACCUGACCGACCCCAACGACCAUCUCAUCUACGAAAUGCACCAGUACCUGGACAGCGAUGGCUCGGGGACGAGUUCGACGUGCGUCAGCUCGACGAUCGGUGCGGAGCGCAUUGCCGAUGCCACGAGCUGGCUGAGGGAGAAUGGGAAGCAGGCGGUGCUAGGAGAGUUCGCGGGUGGCGCGAACAGUGUUUGUGAGGAGGCGGUCACUGGCAUGUUGGAUGCGAUGGUCGAUGCGAGUGAUGUUUGGUUAGGGGGGAUGUGGUGGUCUGCUGGACCUUGGUGGGGGGAUUAUAUCUUUUCGUUGGAGCCGGAUGAUGGCAUUGCGUAUGAGUAUUAUUUGAGCGUGUUGGAGGGGUAUACUCCUGGUUCAUCCUCUUCUGGGUCUUCUACUACGAGUGCAGUGACGAGUGCCAGUAGUACCUCUACUACUGGGAGUGCUACUACAAGCAAGGUGACUACUACCACUGCUGCUGCUACAGCUACAUCGACUGCUGUGGCUGCGCACUAUGCGCAGUGUGGUGGGCAGGGAUGGACUGGGGCGACGACUUGUGCGGAUGGAUAUACCUGUACGGUGGAGAAUGCGUGGUAUUCUCAGUGUUUGUAA